AUGAGAAUUUUCCCUGGCUGGGGCUGGAUUGUUUUCCCAGGAUGUUGGGCUUUGAUUGGCCCUCAGGAGGCAAGCGGUCCCCUGGGUGGAGAGCUCACUGUACAGUGUUGGUAUGGCAGAGGCUACGAGAAUUAUAUUAAAUACUGGUGCAGAGGAACAACUUGGACAUCCUGCCUCAUAGUUGUUACGACAGGGUCAGAGGCAAUUGUGAAGCACGACAGAGUCUCCAUCAAAGACAUUCAAACUUUCUGCACGUUCAUAGUGACCAUGAAAAACCUCACAGAGAAAGACUCCGGGACUUACUGGUGUGGGAUAGACAAACUGGGAUUAGAUCUCAUGUUCUCUGUGAAAGUGAAUGUUCUUCCAGCUGUUCCUGCCUCACCACCCCCAGCACCAAUGAGAGAGACAACAGUGCAUGCUGCCUCCACUGAGUCUCCUUUCAGAUGGACUGCCCCUGAAGUGGCUGAAUCCAACUCCACGGUUCACAGCAGCGACCCUCCUGCAGGUACAACAGACCCAGUCCUCCAUAUCCUGACCCCAUGCAUCCUGCUGGUUCUGCUUUUGAUUUUGCUCACUGUUGUACUGUUUAGAAGGAUGACGCAGAGGAGAAACAAAGCCCUUGAGGGAGCGCCUGGACAAAGGGAAAAGAACUUCCAUCCCUAUCGGCUGGUACCUGGAAACACCCCGUCGCCCUUCGUUACCAGUGAACCUGCAGCCUCUUGUAAGGCAGCCAUCUGCAUGCCCAUGGAGGAGACACCGGACUCAGCAGCUGAUGAGGAUGCCUAUGAAAAUGUCAUUCAUGAGACCCAGGCUUCAAGAUCGACAGAAGAGGUUGCUCCUGGCACAGUGAAAUUUCCAACCUCACAUCAGCAGACCAUCUAUGCCAAUAUGAAUCCAAACACACGCAGUAGGACAUCCCCCUCUCGUCAUCAAGGAAAGCGUGGGAAAAAAAAUACUGGAUGAAGCUCAAUGCUCUUGGAACGUUUCCUCUCCUACUGUUGGAAUUUUUAGCACUUCUCAAUUCCCUGCAGUUACAUAGAAGCUUUCAGAUUCCUGUUCCUCCAUUAUUCUUCUUAUGCCAGGUUCCCCUGUACUGACAUGCUAGUGUUGCUGCUGAUUGUGUCCCAUUCCCAGCAAGACUGUUUUCACAGAUUUACUUACCACUCAGUGCUUCACGUUCUUCACAUCAACUUGAAACAGAACGUAUUCCUGGGGGCUUCACCUUCUGGAUGACUGGGAGCAUUUCUAGAAAGACUUUGUAUGGGUCUGCAGGUUUGGCACACUCCCCCUUUGUCCACCAUAAUUUCCGUGCUUUAAAGUUAGACAAUUGCUAAUAAAAAGCUC